ACAUGCCAUGUGAGAAAACAUUAAAAUUGUGCAUGUCCAUGACUAACUGUGCAUCAUUUAAAUCUACAACUCAUAGGAUUUAUAGACAAUGUAAACAGCAUAGGGUCCAAUAUCCGAUCUACUAUAAUUUCCAGCGUAAAACUUUUACAUUCUGAGUAAUCAUGGCAACGCAAAGCUAACAUUCCAUUUAGAUUCACGGUUAAAGUUACAAAACUUUAACUUUGAUUUUGAUUGAGAAAAAUGACAAAAAUAAAUAUUAUCGUUGUGGGGCCCACCAUCCCUUAUCUUCUCGUGACUUUCAGUCUCCCAGGCAGAAACAUAAUAGGCCCCCCUCCCAACCUUCUUCUUCCACCCCCCUCUUCUUCCUCCUCUACUCGACAUCGUUCAAGACUUUCAUUGCAAAUCUGUUGGUUCUACCCCACAUUGCUUGUCCUCUGUGAACGCGUGAAGCCGCUACCCCUACCUCUGAAGCAUUCGGUUGCCAGUGUAUCUGAGAGCAAGCGGACGAAUUUUGCCAGGCCCCAACCAGUUCUUACUCUUCUUAAGAGGCGCCUGAACUCACUUGCCACUUCCAAAUCGACGUUAAAGUUACUCCUUCGCCGGUUCGCGCCAACAGAAGCUCACUUUUAAAAAGCCCCCACCGCAUUGAGUCAUAGGAAACUCAUUCUCAAAGCCCAGUCUUUCGGAGAGUUCAUUGAAAAAUUCCCGAAAUCUGCAUCAGAGACUAAAAGGAAUCGCGAGAUCGAGAAGAUGAGCGAUCUUCUGAUUCACCAACAACAACCCCAGAUGGAUCUCAAUGCCCAUGAAGAAGAAUACCGCCAAGAACUAGAACAAGAAGGAUGCCGACAAGCAGAGUUGGCCUGCCCCGAGCCCGAGCCCGAGCCUGUCUCCCUUGUCCCACCACCGCAGAUUUGCCGCAACUGCUUCUACGCCUCCACAAUGACGAAGCCCCACCGCCGCCAUGCUGCUCACUCCGGCUCCACCACAAGAAGAAGACUGUCUUCCUCAAACCCCAUCGUAGCCACAUCGGGCAGUGAAAAUACGAGCGCUGCAGCUCCUUUCGUGCCGUUGCCGCCCAAAACACAACAGCAGAUCGAGCAAGACGAUCUUGAAUUCACCCUCCGUGGAUUCUCCAAGAUUACCCUCCCUGAAAAUCACCGUUGCAGCGGAGUCUGGAACAUCACCUCCGGUUCACCCGAGAAAUCAUCUUCAUCAGUGCCUUUCUUCUCGAAGGCUGCCACUCCUCCACCGGCUCUGCAACACCAGAACCAACAUGGGUUCUCGCCCUCGAAGCCUGCAUCUCCACUGCCCCCUCUGCCUCCUCCGCUUCGUAGGACUUCGUCGGACCCAACCCCUGCAAUCAACUACAGCAAUGUGGAAGAAAGUCCUAAUUCCAGGAGGUUGAAAAGGAUGAGGCAUCAGCUGAAAGAAAUGAGCAGGUGGUGGCAUCAAGUACUCCGUGAAGAAGAAGAAGAGGAAGAUGAAGUCCCCGGUGAACAGAACAACAAUGCGACUGAAAAGGACAGAGCUGAAGCAGAGAAUGAUCAGGAAUCUGUGAGUGUGGAGGAGCUGGGGGAUUGCCUGUCCAUUCACUUCAACUGUCCCUGCGGCAAAGGCUAUCAGAUUCUUCUCUCGGGCAGGAACUGCUACUACAAACUCAUCUAGAACAACAUCUUCCAAACUCGGACCUGUUAGCUG